AUGCGUCUAAGGACACUGCUUGCAGACCAGCCUAAGAGGCUUUUAGAUGCACUGGAUACAUGUGGAAUCAAAGCGGACGAAGACUUCCUUUUCUCCGUGUCUGCGCUCCCAGAAUUGUGGCAACGGUUACCUGCCGAUACAGUCACUUUUACUGAACUUGAACAAGUCAGAGAAAUUGUAAUAGAGUCUCUUUCGGCGGAAGGGACACCAGGAACGGACUUUCUUGAAGAAAUUGAAGCUGACAAAGAAGUCAAUCCCAAGUCCCGUUGGCCAGCUAACUGUGCUGAGUUGCGUGCAGUGCUUGAUGCAGUCAAGAACGGUAUAAUUGAAGUCUCUGGAGACAAAGGAUCCUGCAAAUCUACGCUCAUAUUGAACAUAACCCUCGAAUGCCUCCAAAGUGCGGAGAGCAGUGUCGUGCAUUGGAUUGAUACAACCGGAGAAUUUUCUGCGGAGAGAGCCUCGAGAAUUCUGAAUGGUGCUUCCCAGACGCAACGCAUGGAUGACAACGCUUCUCUUUCUAUCUCAUCCGCCCUCGACAGGUUGCAUGUGUCUCUCGCAUUCAACGCAGAAGAUGCACAUGCUGUUUUAGGCUCGAUUAGCUCAGGAGUUUCGUCAUAUGGAAGUACAGGGCAACCGAACGAUGUUCGUCUCAUCGUUAUAGAUCCAAUUACACCUCUGUUCUCUCCGCGACUAAGUUCAGGAUCAUGUGAAGGUGAAGCGGAGGUCAGUUUCUCCGUACCCGAGACUGACGAGCUCUCCGUCCGCUGUUUCAGGCCCGGCCAUGAUGGUGGCAUUCAUGAGGGACCUGCAAGAUCUAACGACGAAGCUCGGAGCUAUCGCCUUGUUAAUGUCCGCUCGAGCGUUCAGGUCGUAAAUAAUGCGUCUACCACUUUACCCGCUAGCUCCGCGUCAACCGUUCCGACAGUCAAGCUUAAGCCAUCUUUGGGCACAACCAUGACCUUCCUCACGGACACGACACUUUGGCUCUCACCUGCACGCGACGUGUUCCCCGGCAGUUUGGAAGGCGAAACGACGCAUAAUCAAGCUUCGCGUCGUACUUCUGAUAAAGAGAAUUUAGACAAUGCAUAUAUUGCGGAGGUUAUUCGGUCAAGAUCUGUAGGUAUUUCCAACACAACAUAA